AAAUUUAUCAGUAAUUUAUUGGAUGCGACUGGGAAAAAAUUAUUUGAAGAGGAAGAGGCUAUGGAUACUCUUGUAAAAUUUAGAGAGGAAGCGAAAAGUUUAAGUUUUGAUGAAUUAAAAGUUAGAAGUAAUGAACUUAAUCCUUAUCAAGCCAAAUGA